CCUCCACAUCAUUGGUCGAGCCCAGAGGAAUCUGCACGGUGGUGAGGCAGACUGAAGCCAUUUUAUUAUUUUACUGCACAAGUGCAGGUGCACGAAGAUUAUUGUUCAAACAAACGCACCUCACCAUCAUCUGGUCUCACUUCAGCGCGCGUGACAGAAUGGGGCAGUGCGGGAUUACGUCAUCCAAAACCGUGUUGGUUUUCCUCAACCUGAUAUUUUGGGCUGCAGCCGGGAUCUUGUGCUACAUAGGAGCCUAUGUGUUCAUCACAUACGAUGACUACGACCACUUCUUUGAAGACGUGUACACUUUGAUUCCUGCCAUUGUGAUCAUCGCUGUCGGGACUCUCCUCUUCAUCAUCGGCCUGAUCGGCUGCUGUGCAACAAUACGUGAAAGCUCCUGCGGCCUGGCAACGUUUGCUGCGAUUCUCCUGGUGGUGUUUGUGACUGAGUGUGUGGUGGUGGUGCUCGGCUACAUCUACAGGGCCAAGGUUGAAGAUGAGGUGAAUCACUCCAUCCAGAAGGUUUACAACGAGUACAGCGGCACCAGCAUGGACGCCCCCAGCCGUGCUAUUGACUAUGUUCAGAGGCAGCUCCACUGCUGUGGGAUCCACAACUACUCCGACUGGAGGAACACGCGCUGGUUUAAAGAAUCCAAGAACAACAGCGUCCCGGUCAGCUGCUGUCAGCCCGGCAUCACUAACUGCACGGGCACUCUGACUCGACCAGCUGACCUCUACCAAGAGGGUUGUGAAGCUCUUGUUGUGAAGAAAUUGAAGGAGAUCAUGAUGUACGUCAUAUGGGCCGCGUUAACUUUUGCGUCUGUACAGAUGCUGGGCAUGCUCUGUGCCUGCGUGGUUCUGUGCAGGAGGAGUCACGAUCCGGCCUACGAGCUGCUCGUCACAACCAACAGCUACGCAUGAGGGGAGCAUCCAGCCAACAACAACAACAACAACAACAACAACAACAACACUGCACUCAGAAAACAAACAGGAGCAUCACCGGACAUGUUCACAGUACAAUUCAGCCGUAGUUGAUGAAGCUAAAGCACAUCUUGAACAACUCAUUAAAAAAGUAGCAAACACUGAUGACGAGGUUUGUGUGGCUGGUGACCUCACACAGGAAACCGUUUAUUUAUUGACACGCUGACUUACGGCUAAUUUUAGUUUUAGUUUCGACACGACCCACAUACAAAAGCCAAAGCUGCGUACGGCUAAGCUGCGUUAUCGUUGCUGUUUUUAAAAAAACAAACAAAAAAAGUCUUUUAAUGAUAGUUUAAUGAAUCUUUUGUUGAUUGGCAGCGAUGAUGAUGAGGAGUAAUUUAGUGUGAGCUUAUUGUUGGGACGAAAUGAAUACAGGAAGCGCUCGAAGCACUCAAUGUUUAUUUUUUGUUGCAAAAGUAAAAUCUCAGCUUUUAUAACCGUGGAGUGUCUGUUCGAGAUGGAUGUUGUGAACCGUGAGAAAGAAAAACCAAGCAAAGUGAGUUAUUUGUAGCUUGUUUAGUUGCAGCUCUGUAUUUUUAUUGUUUGGUAGAGAAUAUCCUUCACCAACACUUAGGGUGUGGGAUAUUUAGUUUUGGUGCGAGCGUUCUCUGAAUCAGGCUUCUAGCCCCUCGUUGCUGAUUAACACUAUAAAUCUUGAGUUAAGCUCUUUAUCAUUCAUUUAUUAAUACUAAUCUUAUCUGAAUUCAUGUGUGUGGAUUCAGUUUGUCAGAGUCACAGAGUAACUUCAGUGUUAGUUAGAAACCUGAUGCAAAGAACCACCACUCAUUAUUUUAUACAACUGUGAAAUUGUGCACCUUUUUGACCUUAUAGUUAUUAUAACCAGUGCAGCUGGGAAAAUGUGAGAAAUAAAGUUGUGUUUGACUGGAGAUCAAACAGGAGACAAAUAAAAUCAUACAUGUAAUCUGA